AUGUCUUUUGCGAAAAAAGGCACCACUUCAUCUUCAUCCUCGACAGGAUUAACCGAAGAGCAAAAACAGGAAAUCCGCGAGGCGUUUGAUUUAUUCGACACGGACGGCUCGGGAACGAUCGACGCGAAGGAGUUGAAAGUCUCCAUGCGAGCGUUAGGAUUUGAACCGAAGAAAGAGGAAAUCGCGAAAAUGAUGCACGAGGUGGAUAAAGACGGAUCGGGGACGAUUACGUUCGAGGACUUUUUAAAACUGAUGACGGCGAAGAUGGGCGAGCGAGACGGCAAGGAGGAAAUAUUGAAGGCGUUUAGACUGUUCGACGACGACGAUACCGGGAAGAUUUCGUUCAAGAAUUUGAAGAGGGUGGCGAAGGAGUUAGGGGAGACGAUGACGGACGAGGAGUUGCAAGAGAUGAUCGAAGAGGCGGACAGAGAUGGAGACGGGGAGGUGAACGAGGAAGAGUUCUUUCGCAUAAUGAAGAAGACCGCUCUGUUUUAA